GCCCCUAUAUAUAUCUCUCUUGACUCUCUCACCAAUUCUCGCACUAGUGUUGAAAAUAAAAUUAUUUUAAUACCGAAAUUGCAGUGAUAAAAACGAGUUGCGUCUUCAUCGGACCACUACAACUCGCUAUAUCCUCGCGUUCGAUCUCGACUGGGGAUUGUGUUGAUAGAGGGGGCAGAGAUGUCUUCGCUUAGCAGAGAGCUUGUGUUUCUCAUACUUCAGUUCUUGGAUGAGGAGAAAUUUAAGGAUACAGUCCAUAGGUUGGAGAAGGAAUCAGGGUUUUAUUUUAAUAUGAAGUAUUUCGAAGAUACGGUGACGAAUGGAGAAUGGGAUGAAGUUGAAAAGUAUCUGUCUGGGUUUACUAAGGUUGAUGAUAAUCGGUACUCUAUGAAAAUAUUCUUUGAGAUUCGGAAACAGAAGUACCUGGAAGCUUUGGAUAAGCCUGACUACGGGAAGGCGGUGGAAGUUUUAAGGAAGGAUUUGAAAGUCUUUUCCACAUUUAAUGAUGAUCUUUUUAAGGAAAUUACUCUGCUCUUGACACUGCCAAAUUUUAGGGAGAAUGAACAACUCUCGAAAUAUGGCGAUACUAGUCAAGCAAGGUCUAUAAUGCUCGGGGAGCUGAAAAAGUUGAUAGAGGCAAAUCCACUUUUUCGAGAUAAACUUCAGUUUCCCACUUUGAAAAACUCAAGAUUGCGGACGUUGAUAAAUCAGAGUUUAAAUUGGCAGCAUCAGCUCUGCAAGAAUCCGAAGUCUAACCCUGACAUCAAAACCCUAUUUGUGGAUCAUUCAUGUGGCCAAGCAAAUGGUGCCCGGGUUCCCUCUCCUGUGACCAAUCAGCUUAUGGGAUCCAUGCCUAAAGUAGGUGGUUUUCCGCCUCUAGGUGCUCAUGGUCCAUUCCAGGCUUCACCAGCCUCUAUUACUGCCUCUCUCGGAGGAUGGAUGGCUAACCCUUCCACCAUGCCGCAUCAAGGAAUUCCUGGAGGUCCAAUAAGCUUAAGUGCUCCUAAUAAUGCUGCAUCUAUGCUGAAGCGUCCUAGGACUCCUACUACUAAUCCAGCAAUGGAUUAUCAUACUGCAGAUUCUGAUCAUGCACUGAAGAGAGCUAGGCCUUUUGGAUUAAUGGAUGAGACUUCGCAGGGCAACAAUCUUCCUAUCAAUAUUUUACCUGUCACAUAUCCCAGCCAGACCCAUCCUAACACUUCAUAUUCGUCUGAUGACUUGCCAAAGACUGUUCUUGCCAAUUUGAACCAAGGUUCUGCUGUCAGAAGCAUGGAUUUCCAUCCGGUGGAACAAACUCUUCUUCUUGUGGGGACGAACAUAGGUGAUAUUGCAGUGUGGGAAGUAGGUAGCAGGGACAGACUUGCUUUUAAGAAUUUCAAAGUAUGGGACCUUGGGUCAUGUUCAGUGAUUCUACAAGCAUCGUUAGCGAAUGAAUAUACUGCAUCAGUCAACCGUGUGAUGUGGAGUCCUGAUGGCACAUUACUUGGUGUUGCUUACUCUAAGCACAUAGUGCAUAUAUAUUCUUUCCAUGGGGGUGAUGAAUUGCGGAACCGCCUAGAGAUUGAUGCUCAUGUUGGUAAUGUUAGUGAUCUUGCUUUUUCACACCCCAACAAACAACUUUGCAUUAUAACUUGCGGAGAGGACAAGGCUAUCAAGGUAUGGGAUGUUGCAACAGGCGCUAAGCAGUUCACGUUUGAGGGUCACGAGGCACCUGUCUAUUCUGUAUGCCCCCAUCAUAAGGAAAACAUUCAGUUCAUUUUUUCAACAUCUGUCGAUGGGAAGAUCAAGGCCUGGCUAUAUGACAAUUUGGGUUCUCGAGUUGAUUAUGACGCACCAGGACAAUCUUGUACAAGAAUGGCCUAUAGUGCUGAUGGGACAAGACUUUUUUCAUGUGGGACUAGUAAAGAUGGAGAAUCCCAUAUUGUUGAAUGGAAUGAAAGUGAAGGUGCUGUCAAGCGAAGUUAUGUUGGUCUUGGGAAGCGAUCCAUGGGUGUUGUUCAAUUUGAUACAACGAAGAACAAGUUUUUGGUUGCGGGGGAUGAGUUUGUUAUCAAGUUCUGGGAUGUGGAUAAUGUUAACCUCUUGAUGACUACUGAUGCAGAUGGUGGAUUACCGGCUUCACCUUGCAUCCGAUUUAGCAAAGAAGGCAUACUUUUGGCUGUUUCAACAAGUGAGAAUGGCGUGAAAAUAUUGGGGAAUGCUGAAGGUCUUCGUCUUGUUCGUACAGUUGACAAUCGGGCACUUGAUGCUUCUAGGAUUUCUGGAAAUGUUGCAAAGUCACCUGUUAUCGGAGCAUAUGGUGCUUCCAGUUUGUCCGCUGUACCAAACAUUGGUGCAAUGGAAAGAAGUGCACCAGUUACAGCUAUUGUGCCGCUAAAUGGAGACAGUCGAUCUUUGCCUGAUGUAAACCCCAGGAUAACUGAUGAAAUGGAGAAGUCUAAGAUUUGGAAGCUGGCAGAAAUCAAUGAACAAGCUCAACUUCAGUCGCUCAGACUUCCUGACAUUUUAUUAUCAGUACGAAUUGCCAGGUUAAUCUAUACAAAUUCAGGAGGGGCCAUAUUGGCUUUAGCAUGUAAUGCUGUGCACAAACUUUGGAAAUGGCAGAGAAAUGAACGGAAUAUGAGCGGAAAGGCAACUACUAAUGUCCCACCACAGUUAUGGCAACCUUCAAGUGGCAUACUAAUGACCAACGAUAUUAGUGAAACAAAACCGGAAGACGCCGUCCCUUGUUUUGCUCUUUCAAAGAAUGAUUCAUAUGUCAUGUCUGCCUCCGGAGGAAAAAUUUCUUUGUUUAACAUGAUGACAUUCAAGACUAUGACAACAUUUAUGCCCCCACCUCCUGCUGCAACAUUUCUUGCCUUCCAUCCACAAGAUAAUAACAUUAUUGCAAUUGGCAUGGAGGACUCUUCAAUACAGAUUUACAAUGUUCGGGUUGACGAGGUGAAAAGCAAGUUAAAAGGUCAUCAGAAGAGGGUUACUGGGCUUGCAUUUUCCAAUGUUCUAAAUAUUCUUGUAUCAUCAGGAGCUGAUGCUCAGAUUUGUGUUUGGAGCAUGGACGGAUGGGAGAAGCAAGCCAGUAAAUUUUUGCAGAUUCCUGCUGGUCGAGCACCAAACCCUCUUGGGCAGACCCGUGUACAGUUUCAUCAAGACCAAACUCAUGUGCUGGUUGUCCAUGAAACUCAGCUAGCACUUUAUGAGGCGCCAAAGCUUGAUUGCAUUAAACAGUGGCUUCCCAAAGAAUCAAAUGGCUCAAUCACUGAUGCUACGUAUUCAUGCGACAGCCAGGCAGUAUAUGCGGCUCUUGAGGACGGGAGCAUUAAUGUCUUUACUGCCACAGCGCUCAGUCUGAGGUGUCGGAUUAGUCCCACAGCUUAUUUACCUGCGAAUCCAAGCUCUAGGGUGUAUCCGCUUGUCAUCACAGCUCAUCCAAAUGAUCCUAAUCAGUUCGCUUUGGGACUUAAUGAUGGUGGCGUUCACGUUCUUGAACCUUUGGAAUCAGAGGGAAGGUGGGGCACCGUGCCUCCUAAUGAAAAUGGUGCAGGCCCUAGUACAAACCCUGCUGUAGCCAGUUCGUAACAACUCCUAUCAAAGUGAACUGUAUAUACCUCAUGCUCCCCAAGACUGUUACAGGGGAAUUAUAGUUAGAAAUGGAACGUUGUAGGAUGCAGAGAUCUGACUCCGGCGUAGUGUUAAAUAUAGAAUCUGUUGCAAGCCGUGUGCUUGGUGAAGUCUCUCCUUGCUAGAACUACAAUAGUUUAAUAAGAAAAGGUCAAAAAAACUUCGAACUAGGGAAGGGAUACUUAUCAAGUUAUCAUACUUGAUGCUUUUAACAGAUUAUAAACUCUAAAGUUUUUGGUUUCAAAUUUUGUGAUUCCUAUUUUUGUACA